GUGACAUGGAGCAUCUCCCUAUAUCUGUGCAACUACUGUGCGCCAGACGGGAAUGCAACAGUGACGACUCACUCUUUUAUUGUUAUAGACAUUUUAAAAUGGCUUCACAUAGGAAGAAAUCCAGCCCUCAUCUGCAACAAACAGAAACUGAGGAAACACCAACUAAAGAAGAAAUGGAGAAGCUGAAGGGCUCCAUUAUGAGCACCUUUAAAAGCAAGACCAUCACAACUUUAGCAGGGAAGCUGAAACACAUGGCCCUAAAUGUUCCACUCCAGUUUAGCGUUCAGGCCCUGAGGCCACAAUCAAAGAACACCGCUCGGUUCGGCAGUCUCAGCCAUCACUCCUUCUUCUCACGACACAAUCCCCACCCACACCGAGUGACUCACAUCCAAGGCCUGAAUGGUGCUCCCGUUUGCAAAGUGAAUGAUGAGUGGUCUGAGCAGCCCAUCCUUCUACCUUCUCCCGUGAUAAAAAACCAGUUUCGUACUUCAGCUUUGGGAGACACUGGCAUCCAAAUACCCAUUGGAGAUCCACAGCCUUUUCCUGUCCCCAUGCUAGCCAUAGGCUCUUUGUCAGAUGCAUGGAGGGAUGAAUUGAGAGAAAUCACUGCAAGACUGAGAGCUGCUUCCUUCACAGAGAAAAAGGAGACGACACAGAAGCCUCAGAGAGAGACUCGACACUCUGAAGAAACGGGGCGUCUCAUUCCACCUUCCUCUCGAGCCACAACUCGCCAUUCAUCCCACCGAGCGCACCGGAAAAACGCCAAGAAUAAAGACAAAGAUCCUGUUCUGUUUUUCCAGGACCAAGAACUAAUCAUUUUAGAACUGUUGUGUCAGAUCCUGCAGACAGACUCCUUGACAGCUAUCCAGCACUGGCUGCUCACUGCUGGUCAGAAAGAAAAGAACCUUGUCAUGGGAUUGCUGCAAAUUGCAACUGCCAACCUAAAUCUAGAGCCCCAGGAGUUGCCCACAAGCAUGGAAGAGAAAUUUCCGUCUCAGUUUGUGCAAAACGGCACAAGCAUUGCUUCUAGGCAGCACAGAAGAAAUAAUCUAACCAGGCUACCUGUACCAAAGCCAAAAAAAGAACCAAGCAAGAAAGAAAUACCAGUGCAUAUUGGAACAGCAGAAGUUCUCCAGCUCCACUCAUCGCUGGAUGAGAAGCAAAACCAACCAGACCAACCCAAGUAAAAUGAAAUGUCAAUCCUGAUGACACUACGCUUGCUGUUUACCCAAGGAAAAAAAUAGCACUGUAUACUACAUGAAAAGUUACUGGGCUGGGACCUGAUAUCACAGAGCUUCCAUCAUGCAGAGGCAUUGCAAAAUUCAAGGGACUAGCAUCCCAAAAUAUUGCUUAUCGGGCCUCUGUGCAAUUCUGAGAUUGCUGAAACUAUCAGUUCCACUACGACAUGUUCUAUCUUGGUAAUUGUCUUAGCAAGAUCCAAAAAAGGGACACAGAAAAGGUAUCAUGUACUAAAUAGAGUAGAAGCAACUUUGUAGAAUGACUUGAGCUUGCAGAACAAGCUUUGAAAGCAUGCAACUUCUUUUUUAAAAAAAAUUCAACCAGAAUGCUGAGCACACAGUUCUUUACGUGGGAGCUUAAGGUUCAUUACACACAUUUCAGCACAAUUAUUAUCUCAUCUUUCCACUGUAUAACAGAUUCGUAGACCUGUAGGAGAGUUAUAUGAGCUUGAAUUCAUGUUCAAAGUCUGGAGGAAACACUGCUAGGCACAGGUCCAAGACCAGAAUGUAAGCUGAAUCAAAGCUGACUGUCUGCCCUUAGAUAACAGUUAGCUGAACAGAAGGGCCAUUCUGCAGCUGCAUAUAUUAACAGCUAAACACUGAGUUUUAGGGUUGCCAGCUCUGACUUGGGAAAUAUCUGGAGAUCUGGGAGGGUGGAGCCUGGGAGGGCACAGUUUGGAGAGGGGAGGGGGUAAAACACCACAGAUCCUACCUGCCAAAGCAGCCAUUUUCUCCAGGGGAACUGAUCUCUAUCAUCUGGAGAUCAGUCGUAAUACCAGGAGAUCUCCAGGCCCCAUGGAGAGCAAAACCAAGGAGAACUGGGCAGCAGGGAUCCUAUGAGUAGAAGGCAGCCCCUUUUCAGCCAGAAUGCCAAGGACUGAAGGGCUGAUCUAUCCCAGGAAGUUUCUUUAAGGCAAUCAACCAGCUUGACCAUUAGACUGAAGGGCAGUUACUCAGCCUGGAAAAGAACACAGCAUGUUAGCAGUUUAAAAUGCAGAGAGAGACAGCCAUUUCCUUGGCCUCUAUGGGGUACCUGUCUUUCCCUUAUGCUCCUAUGGGCCAGGCAGCAGCACCAGGCAAUGAACAAAUGUUGACUACCACCUGGAGCGACAAAACCUUAAAUUUAUUUUAUUUCAACCAUCACUAAUGCAGAGACUAUAAGGUGCUUCCUAUUGGUCUCAGUUUGGAAGAGAAGCAUGUUUCUGGUUUGACAUUUGGGGCCAUUUUCAAAGGACUUGGAGUGGUUUCUGUAUUUCUGUAAAAGAACAAAAAAUGGACAGCAUCCAGCUUACCAAGAAUAUGCUGUAAGGAAAUAAAGUUCAGCUAACUGCCUGCUUUUAUCCCUUGCACAGGGCAUGCAAGGUCAGACUUUAGCCCUGUGGCCUGAAGAAUCUGCUUUCGAACCUUUAUCUUUUAAAAUUUUGUAACAUCCAGCCUGACAAAGAGUUCUGGUUGCGCUCAAAAGCUUGCAGAAUGUUUUGUGUCAAUUUGGUUGGUCCUAAUAAAAGGCAUUAUAUGAA